GGCCCCGGUGGGCGCGGGCAGGUAUAGGGUUAGGGCGACUAGUGUGCCCAGUAUUCGCGUGGUUGUUAACAUGUUGCCCCUUGGUAGUCUAGGGCACCGGUAUGUCCCCUAUUUGCAACACUCGCACUGGCAGUCCGAGCCCUUACAGCCGCAGUUAUCACAACCGCCGCAAGUCUUGGUCUCCACAAUAGUCUUCAUAUUUACCGACAAUUUAGUUGUGAAAAACGCAAACAAAUUGCCCCUAAAUAUGAAGACUAUUGUGGAGACCAAGACUUGCGGCGGUUGUGAUAACUGCGGCUGUAAGGGCUCGGACUGCCAGGAUCCGUGGAAAUGUGUGGCUAUUGACUGAACAUCUAAAAUGUUUUAUUGAAAUAUUUUUAAUAAAUUUAAUAUUUUUAAAAUUGUAUUUUAAUAAAUUAUUAACUGUAAAGUGAAUUAUUGUAAUAAUUGUAUCUAUGCACACGAUUUUCUAUGAAUAAAAUAUGAUUGAUAUUUAAAAAUA